UUUUGCCUGGAAGGUUCUCUACACUGCACAUAUUGUUGACGACUCACAAGCACGACUGCAUCACAACUCCAUGUACCAUCCACGCACACAUUUACAACUCUAAAAAAAGUUUUUUCGGGCCACAUCUCUCAGUUUUCACUGUUUACAAACAGUUUUGGAGCAGCCAGAGUAGCCAGAGUCUCUCAAGGUGAACUAAUGUGAAGGUGUAACCCAGAAAAUGGCAUCGAAUGAUCAAUGGCCCCCAGUGGCCCCAGCAGGCAAAAAUUCAGGUAAAAAUCGUUCCAACAUAAACACGAAAAAACCAACAAAGGAGGAUCAGCAACAGGUGCUAUCAGGUCUAACCGAAAUGUUCCAAAAUACCUUAGAAUCAGAGGUGAUUCUCUCAGUGGCCAGUAGUUGUGACUGGGAGCUCCAAUCCUGCAUCGAUGCACUCAUAGCCCUCUCCUCCACAGUUGAAUCCCAGAACAAAGCGUCCCAGGACCGAGGGCUAUUCGUCCUAGUCUCUCGUGAUCCAGGGAAUCACACAGAGCCAUAUGUCCAAGAAAUCGACACAGAUUACUUGAAAAUGGAUAAAACUGAGUUGCAGAAACAGAAGCAAGAACUCAAGAAAUUUGAGAAAAUCAAAAAAACAUCAUCUAAAAAUCGAAUGGGCUCGUUCAGAGGCAACAUAUCUAAACUGGACUUCAACUACAGAGAGAAGCAGGCGUUAGGGACUUUCGAUUCAAUCUGGAAUCCACCGAUGCCCCAGAGCAAAGCAGACGAGAAGAACUGGAACGAUCAUUCUGAUCUAGUGAAGAACGCCCUCUGUGUCCUCCCCACAAUGACACAGUCGUCAAAUCCAUGGACCGAGGGCCUCAAGCAGGCCCCCACCACCCCCCUCAGCCAGAACACUUCACAUCACACGUCAUCUGCACUCUGUGGGCUGAAGGUGCAGUAUCGAACAGCAGGCAUGGAGAGUUCUUCAGACGACGAUGAUGCUGAUGUUGUCAUCGAGAAGGAACUCAACUGCAUCAUCCCCACGUCAGUGCCAGUCAAUGUCUCCCAACUGUUGUCAUCGUCGAUUCAGACUCCACCCCAGGUAGCCUGCAGCUACAAAACGCAGAUCAUCACGACUCCAUCACCACCGAUGACUCCUAAAAGGUCGAUUCACCAGACAACAGUGGAUAGAAUAAAAACGGCCAUAAUGAGUGGAGACAAAAUCGUGAUCCUGAUAAGAGGCCUGCCAGGCAGUGGAAAGUCCUUCCUAGCUAGGAGUCUAGUGUCAACAACCAUCGGAGGCAAUCCCUCAAACUACAUCUUCAGUACUGAUGACUACUUCGUCGCCCUGGGACGUGGAAUCUACAUGUACGACCCGAGAAAGCUGAGUGACGCCCAUACUGUGACUCAGAAGAGGGUUUACAAAGCCCUGAGCAUGGGGAAAACUCCAGUGAUUAUUGAUAAUACGAAUACUCAGGCUUGGGAGAUGCGUCCUUAUGCAGCUAUGGCUGUGAAAUUCGGGUACAUCAUUGAGGUGCUGGAGCCUGACACUCCCUGGGCCAAUAAAAUCGGUGAAUUGGCGAAGAGAAAUAGUCAUGGGGUGCCGAAGGAUAAGAUUGAACGAAUGCUCAUGGGGUUUGAGCCUGGAAUCACUGGGAAAAAGCUGCUGCCGAUGUAUUCGUUGCGGUAUGAACCUGGGACCGACCCUCGAACGGCGAAAAUCCCAGAGAGGAGUCCAAGUGAAGCUGAAGAGUUGUCUGUUAACUUGGAGCACUCAACAGGAACAACUCCCAUCAUUACCAGUCAUCUAGGAGAAUCCGGAGACUACGAAGAUCCAGAAGAACAGAUCAAAAUGAUGGAGAGGAAGGACCUCGAAGAAUCCCCUGAGAACGAACAAUACAAACCUUCGCCGGAAGAAAAACACUUUCUACAAGUGUUUGGAGCCAUUGGAUCCGAGAGGAAAAACAGCGUGGUAUCAACGGACGUCACUGUUAUUCCAGAUCCUGUGAAUGAAGAAGUGGGUCAUAACGACGAAAAUAUUGCGUCCCACUGUUCAGAGAUGCAGGAACAGGAUGAAGAGUUUGGUAAGAAAAGAAAGCGAAAUGGAGAUAGUCCUGGGGAGGAGCCGAAGGAGGAGGAUGAUGGGGUGAAAUCAGCAGUUCAAAAUUUCCUGAGUGAAUUGACGCAGGGCUAUAACAGCACCUCUGGGGGGUUCCCACGAACUGAGCAGAGACAAUCGACUGUGAUCAUUACCGAGUUCUUUGAGGAACAGGAGAUAGACAAUGUCGCGGAUAUUGCUGCUAGUCUUCUUGAGGGUCCCACCAUAGAUGACAUUAAUUUAUGUAAACACGAUGAAAAUCUCGAGGGAGAGCAUCCUGAAUUUAUUAAAGAAGACGUUCACUCGCGGCGACAUGAAGAAUUGCAUGGACAUGAAAAUGAAACACUAAUAGAGGACGAAAAAAUAGAAAAUAGCUCGGGUGAGGAUAAAGAUAUGAGUUUCAUAGACGCAGAGAAUCUGUCGGACGUUGAGACUGCGGAAGAAUCAAGAGAGCCUCAGGCUCAAUCCACUCUAGGCACGAUCUUCAACAUCAUAAAGACCUCAAUCUUAGGGAACACUCACGAUGAAGAGGAGUUAACGAACGCAGAAAUAGAGCAGGGAAAAGAUUUGAAAGAAUUUUCAGUCUUGGAGGAUCCGAAAUUGGAAACGCGCACUGAACCGAACAAAAAAUCCGAAUCAAUAUCCAUAGAUGAUGUGAAUGUUUUCAAAAGUCCUAUAGCUGAGAUAAGAGCUGCGAUUAACAGUACAGAUAACGACGUCUUGACGGAGAGGAUAAAGCGCAGUGAUAAGAAUGAUGACACAGAAUUCUACUCACUCGAGAAUGAAUCGUCCGAGGCAAAUGCUUUUUCUACUGCACUCGAGAGUUCAGAGAAACUUGACGAAAAAGUAGAGAAAGAAGAACUCACAUCGGCUGCAGAUGAACCUGUUGAUAAUCCUGAGUUUGUACAGUCAGGAGAAAUCAGCGAAGAGUCUGAAAUACUCGAUAACAUAAACAGAAUCACGUGGAAAGAGUCUCCAUUUCCAGUGGACGACCUGUUACUUCCUAAAGUGAGUCCAGUGGACGAGACAAUAAACCAAAAUGUCCAGAAACAGGAUGCCUCAACCAUGACGACAUACUACGAUUUCAAUGUCUCGUAUUUCGGAGUAACAUCCGAACCGAUGUACAGACUAAUUCCAGCCUUUAAUAGACUGAUAAACGAAGGUGUACCCAAUCCAAAGCCCGAGAGACCACCGCUCAAAUUAAUGCUGGAUAAAAGCUCAAUGACUGGAGACAUAUUCUCCAGAGAAGGCAAUCCAGAAGUUAAAGAUCCAGAGGAGAGAGACGGGUUUCGCCAGCUCAUGGAGCUGUUUCCAUACAUCCCGAGGGCCUACCUGAUGGAGAUCUAUGAAAAAGUUGAUGAGGAACUGGACUGGGCAGUGGAAUUACUCCUCGAAGGUGGAACUGAGAAUAUUAUUCUCAAAACGGCUGAGGAAAACCCGGGGUUAUCAGAAGAAUCUUCAACAGUUGAGAAUGAGGAGGCUAAUUUUAACUCAACUAUUCCCGAACCUGUUCAAUCCUCGCCAGAUCUUCCAAGUUCUUCACAAUGCCCAGAUGAUUUCAUAGAUGAGGAGGAACCUGAAGACGAACAAGAAGAGCAAGAAAAGGAAAAAUAUGUGGAGGAAAUGACAAGAAAUGAAGCGUUGAAUACUCCCGAAAUGAUGAAAGAACCAACGACAGACGUGUCUGACGAUACAGCAUCAACAUCAACAGCUUCAGUAAGUCGUAUGGAAUCCAUAGAGGACGACAAAAGUCCUGAAAGCGACGAUCCAGUAGAAUUGUACCUCGGAUUUGAUUGCAUAAGAGGUCUUGAACAGACACUGGGAAUUCCAAAUUUUCACAUCCCCGAGAGUUUCUCCCCAGUGAUUCAGAUAAAGAAAUCAAUAGCCGAGGAGUUGUACGCCAGUUGGAUCCAGAGCCUCUACCAACAAACAAACGCAAGGCACGAACAGUUGGACCAAAUGAUGGCAAAAGAUGCUGAACUGGCGAGAUCGUUAGAACGUAAUAUGGAACUUGUAGGGGCAACUGCUUCCGAUGUUUCUUCCGAGCCCAAUUUAGAACAGAUAAUGGACAUGGAGUUGGCUCUAGCUAAAUACAAGAAUGAAUUGAAAUCAAUUAUAUCCCGAGAAACACCUGAUGAUUUGGCAGCUAGACUGUCUCGUCAGAUGCUCAACGAAGCAAUACCGGAUAUUGAUCCAGACGCUUUCAAUGAGAUUUUAAAAGCUCACAAUGGAAAUUUCAAGGAGGCUUUCGAGGUCAUUGAGAUGAACACUGGAAAAGUCAUUGUUCCAUGUGAUACACUCAAGAAGCAGAAGAUUCUGAUGGAUAAAGUGAAGGAGGAGGAUAGAAAUCUGAGGGAAAAAGAACCACCUAUUAUUGUUGUCAGAACUGGGGGUAAAGAUGAUAGACUUGGGUAUAACACUGCUCUGGCACAUGCCAGGGACUCCAGGGAGGAAGCCCAAAGGCAAUUAUCCCUGAAGAUUCAGAAUUACAACAAAGCUGCUGAGGCUUACAGGAAGGGCUGCCCUGGAGUGGCUGCUUACUACUCUCAAGUGGCUCGAUUGCAUAGUAAGAAUAUUGAUGCUGCGAACGCAGCAGCAGCCAGUGCUUUCGUCGAGGCUCAGUCUUGGGACGCCCAGGAAAUCCUCGAUCUGCAUAAUUUAUUCGUCUGGGAGGCACUCACAGCCUUGGACGAAUUCCUGGAGUAUCAUUUGGAUAAGCUCAUGAAGAGCAAUAAACGGUCUUCGAAGAUAUAUAUUAUAACGGGUAGAGGGGCCAGGAGCAAUAAUGGAACUAGUAAAAUAAAACCUGCUGUUUUGCAGAAGCUCAAUAGUAGAAAUAUCAAAUUUUCUGAAGCUAAUCCAGGCUGCCUAAAGGUCACAUUAUAUAGGAAAAAUGGUACAACUGAUUUAAAAAAUUGAAGAGAAAGAACGCACAACUUGUAGAUCACAGGGUCUGGUCAAUAUUUCAACUGUAAGUAAAUCGUGUGCAAAGUAUGACGAUAUUUUUCAUAUAUUUUGGAGUAUAUGAUUAAGAAAAUGCAAUACGCAACGACGUCGCUUAGACAGAUAAGUUUUUCCUUAUGAAUUUAGAUUUACAAAUACAGAUGGAAUAUAUUUUACUAACAUCGUAACAUAAAAUAUACAUAAUGAUUACUUUUCUUAGAUUAUUUAGAAGACACUGUAAGUCUAUGGGUUCUCUUUUUUUAUACUUUUCACGUGAAUUUCGUAUUCCACAAGAUAUGAUUAUUAUAUGAAUGAGACGUAACAAUUGUUUUCCUUUAUCACCGUGAAAAGAAUUAACUUUGUGUUCAUUACGUUUGCUAUCCAAAAUCAUGAUUAUUUUAUUGUUGUUAAUUACAGAAUAGGAAGUGAUUAUUUGUUAUGUAUACCUGAAAAUUUUCCAAAAGCCACAGUCGAUAUUGUGUGCCAUAUUACUAAAAAUCGUACGAAAAAUUGAAAAAUUAUUACUUGUGUUCGUUUUUGCUUUAUAAAUUUCUCAGUUCCAAAAAUAUAGAAUUAAUGUAAACGAAAA